AUGUCAAAAAACAGCGGAGAGAAACGGAGCUCCGUCGAGGAAGAAGGAUGUGGCCGUACGAUUCUUGUCGGCGUGAAGCUGGACGCGCCGAGCAGAGAGUUACUCACUUGGGCUUUGGUUAAAGUCGCUGAGCCUGGUGAUACUGUGAUCGCUCUUCACAUUCUUGGAAAUGAGAUUGUCGAUCGAGCAGGGAACUCUUCGCUUCUCUCUCUAGUGAAAACUUUCGACUCUGUUCUUGACGUUUAUGAAGGUUUCUGCAAUUUAAAACAGGUGGAUCUGAAGCUGAAGCUAUGCCGUGGCUCCUCUGCUCGGAAGAUCAUAGUGAGAGAAGCGAACUCGUUUUCUGCAACGCAAGUUUUAGUUGGGAUCUCGAAAAGUCACCACACGAUUCGUUCAUCAGCAUCCGUAGCUAAGUACUUGGCGAAGAAACUAUCAAAUGAUACCUCGGUUCUUGCUGUCAACAAUGGUAAAAUCGUGUUUGAGAGAGAAGGUUCUCCAUCAUCGACCAUUAAUCAUUCUCAAGGAAAGGAAGAUGUUCGGAGGAACACUUUGUUGAAUGUGCUUCAGAGAUCUGUUACAUUGAGUAAGGCUACUAAAGUGGUUAACCAUCCUGAGGAGGUCUCUAAGGAGGAGGAGAAGAAUGAUGAUCGAUCCUGUGGCCAGAAUCUGCAGCAGGCCUUAGCGGCUGCUCGGUUUGAGAACUGCUCGGUUUGUGGUUCGGAUUCUCUGUCUCCAAAUGAUAAUACAACCACUCAUGGAAAGUUAUCUGGAGCUUCAGAUUUCGAUAGGAGUGAAGAUGAUGAUGAGUGCCACAAAGAAAUGGAGAUUGUGCCUGUGAAAGGCGUAGAGGAACCAGGCGGUUCUGUAACUAUGCUGGUUAGGAAACUGCCUGAAUCUAGACCAGGCUGGCCUUUGCUUCGUCGUGCUGUUACUUCGUUAGGACAAUCCGUUGCUACUCAUAGGCCUUCGUCGAAACAGAUUCCGGUUGUUCAAUGGGCUAUGAAGCUUCCUCCGAGGAACAGCAAGCAAAUUGGUUAUGAUGAUUCUUGUGAAGAUGAAUUGUCAAGCUCAAACGUCACCAAGAAGUCUUCUCCUGACAACAGUCCAAGAAAACUCCCUGAGGAAUUAGUUGGACUGUACGAGAGAUUCUCUUCGACUUGUCGGUUUUUCAAGUACAAGGAACUUGUUUCAGUGACAUCAGAUUUCUCCACUGAUAAUUUCAUCGGGAAAGGAGGCAGCAGCCGUGUUUUCAGAGGUUGUUUGUCCAAUGGGAGAGAGGUUGCUGUGAAGAUUCUCAAGCAAACGGAAGAUGUCUUGAAUGAUUUCGUUGCUGAGAUCGAGAUCAUCACAACGCUACACCACAAGAACAUCAUAACCCUCUUAGGCUUUUGCUUUGAAGACAAGAACCUACUACUUGUGUACAAUUAUCUCUCAAGAGGAAGCCUUGAAGAGAACCUUCACGCCCUUGCCUUUAUUAUAAGCAACUCUAUUAUGCUUUCUGAUUUUGGGCUUGCGAGGUGGGCGUCUAUAUCUACCACUCACAUAAUCUGCUCGGAUGUUGCUGGAACCUUUGGUUACUUGGCUCCAGAGUAUUUCAUGUAUGGUAAGGUGAACGAUAAGAUAGAUGUAUAUGCAUUCGGUGUUGUUCUACUCGAGCUACUUUCUGGAAGAAAACCGAUUAGCAGCGGAUGUCCGAAAGGACAAGAGAGUCUUGUCAUGUGGGCCAAGCCAAUUCUAGACGAUGGAAAGUAUUCUCAGUUACUAGACCCGAGUUUGCGAGAUGAGAACAAUGGUGACCAAAUGAAGAGGAUGGCGUUAGCUGCUACUCUUUGUAUUCGACGUAGCCCUCACGCUAGACCAAAAAUGAGCAUUGUCUUGAAGCUACUCAAAGGCGAAGAAGACACGCUCGAGUGGGCAAUGCAACAAGUGAGUAGUUCAUCAGAUGAAUCAGAGAUGCUUAAGGAUGAGGAAUGUCAAAGAUCAAACCUGCAGUCGCACCUUAAAGUAGCGCUUCUUGAUGUUGAAGAUGACUCUAUCUCCAUGGGAAGCAUUGAGCAGGGCGUCUCUGUUGAGGAUUAUCUUAAUGGCAGGACAAGCCGUUCUUCGAGCUUCGACUAA